CAGCACCCCUGACUAUACCAUGCACGGAGACUGCCACGGCUGCCACGCCAACGUAGAUCUAGGCUAGGCAUCCGCCAUGUUUGUUCAGACUCAUCCAGUUCAGUCGAUGGACAGCUUCUAAUCGCAGUAUCAUAUAGUUCUAGAGUCUUUUCUUUCGUUUACUUUUACCAGUGCAGUUUUAUUAAAAGUUUCCAUCUAUACAUAUAAUUUUUUAUUGUACAAAAAGAGAUCAGUUUAUGCAAAAUUGAUCAUCUAAGAAAUUGAAUUGCGCACGUGGAGGGUUGAAAUAGCUGUUACUUUCCCUCAAGCAACAUACCAGGCAUGGGUCGUUACAGAAGUCGAAGUCGUGACAGGGACAGGAGAAGAAGAUCUCGGUCAAGAUCUCGUAGCAGAUCAAGAGAUAGGAGAGGCUGGGGUGGAGGCAGGGAUAGAGGAGGUGGAAGGAAUGGCAGAGGUCAGCCAGGAGCCAAUCUAAAGAAGCCCAGAUGGGACAUGAACCGUUUGGAGCCUUUCAAAAAAGACUUCUAUGAACCCUGCACUGCUGUUAUGAAUAGGGAUCCACGUGCUGUUGAGCAAUAUAGAAAUGAGAAGGAAAUCACUUUGAGGGGCAAAGGUAUUCCAAAUCCAGUAUUGUCUUUUGAGGAAGCUGGUUUUCCUGAAUAUGUUAUGAAAGAGAUAAAGAGGCAAAACUUCAAAGAGCCAACAUCUAUACAAGCACAAGGUUGGCCAAUUGCUUUAAGUGGUAGAGACAUGGUAGGGAUAGCAUCAACUGGCUCUGGAAAGACUCUGUCCUAUAUUCUUCCCGCAAUUGUUCACAUCAACAGUCAGCCCAAAUUGAUGCGUAAAGAUGGACCGAUUUCCUUGGUACUUGCUCCCACGCGUGAAUUGGCUCAACAAAUUCAACAGGUUGCUGAUGACUUUGGGCAUGCAUCUGGCAUUCGCAAUACUUGUUUGUAUGGUGGUGCGCCAAAAGGUGCACAAGCAAGGGAUCUGGAUAGUGGUGUUGAGAUCAUAAUAGCAACACCAGGCCGAUUACUUGAUUUUCUCGAGUCAGGAAGAACAAACUUGAAGAGGUGCACUUAUUUAGUGCUUGAUGAGGCUGAUAGAAUGCUUGAUAUGGGUUUUGAACCUCAAAUUAGAAAAAUUAUCGAACAAAUUCGACCCGACCGGCAAACGCUCAUGUGGUCUGCAACCUGGCCGAAGGAAGUUCGUCAACUUGCCGAGGAAUUCCUCAAGGACUACGUGCAGAUCAAUGUUGGCUCGCUACAAUUGUCCGCGAAUCAUAACAUACUUCAAAUCAUUGACGUAUGUACCGAGUAUGAAAAAGAAGUCAAGUUAAGUACGUUAUUAAAGGAAAUAAUGGCAGAGAAAGAAAACAAGACAAUCGUGUUCAUUGAGACGAAGCGCAGAGUUGACGAGAUUACGCGAAAAAUGAAGAGAGACGGUUGGCCAGCUGUAUGCAUCCACGGUGAUAAAUCACAGCAAGAGAGAGAUUGGGUAUUGCAAGAUUUCAGAAGUGGUAAAACUCCCAUUCUCGUUGCUACUGACGUAGCAGCCAGAGGAUUAGAUGUCGAGGAUGUGAAGUUUGUUAUCAAUUUUGACUACCCAUCUUGCUCGGAAGAUUACGUGCACCGCAUCGGACGAACUGGUCGCAGGCAAAAAACUGGCACCGCAUACACCUUCUUCACGCAGAGCAACGCAAGCAAGGCCAAUGACCUCGUACAGGUGCUCAAGGAAGCUAAUCAAGUCAUCAAUCCUAAGCUUUUGGAAUUAGCGGAUCGAGGUGGUGGUUACGGACGACACAGAGGAGGUGGCAGAAAUAGAUGGAGAUCAAGAGCGGCUCGCCGUGAGAAGGAACGCAGCUUGUCUCGCAGUCGAAGUCGUAGCAAUGAACGUAAUGGAAAAUCCCGACGUAGCUACAGUCGUAGCUCAAGAAGCCGUAGCUAUUCAAGAAGUCGAAGUCGUAGUCCUAUUCGUAAACGUUAAUUAUAUCUCUGACCAACAGUUUUUGACCGAAUAAUUACUGUUUUUCCCAGAGAUUACUGAAAAUUUCUAUUUUAAGGAACCGCUUCCUUUAAUUGUCUAUAAAUCAAUACAAUUUUUGUGUAACUAUACUCAUUUUAUUUAGCAGAACUUAUGCUAAACUUAACAAAAUGACUUUACGCUCUUAGUAUAAUUUUGGUUUUGUAACAAAAACAACUUUAUUUUGUCAUGAUAGAUUAACGAAUAAUUAUGUAUACAAUUUUUUAGCACAAUUAUCUAGUAAAUGAUAAAUUGUACUUAUAAUAUUCUAAAAGAUAAGCAAUUUCUUUUCAAUCUGUAUGUUUACGCGGGAGAAAGCAUUGUUGUACAGUAUUUAAAAGAAGUGCAAAAAAAUAAAUUUUGUUAGCAACAUUAAUCAACGUGUUUCAUUUU